GACUCUCAGUACACCAAUGUUCCAUUUAGCAGCUUGAAUCUAUCCAGCUCUACAAUGACGGCUCUUGAGAAUAAUUUCAAGUACAAAAAUAUGUCUACUGUGCAGGAACGUGUUCUUUCCUUGCUGCCUACAGAUGCCGAUUUACUGGUGCGUGCAAAAACAGGAACUGGUAAAACUCUUGCUUUUUUGAUUGCUGCAGUGGAAUCGGUUAUUAGUCGUUUCAAGUCUCGCCCUCCUGGUGUUCCUAUUUUGAUUCUUUCCCCUACCCGUGAGCUUGCCCUGCAAAUUGCACGAGAGGCUGAGAGCCUUGUUUCUCCUCGCAGAUGGAGGGUUGCUUCUGCUGUAGGUGGUGAGAGCAGAGGAAAAAAUAUUCGUGAAAUUACUCAGUUUAACUGUGACAUUCUUGUUGCUACUCCUGGCCGUCUAAAUGAUCUAUUGAACAACGAGCCUGCUGUCCGCAAGCAAUUGCAAGGCUUGAAAAUGCUGGUUUAUGACGAAGCGGAUAUUCUUCUUGAUAUGGGAUUUACAAAGGAAAUUCAGGAUAUUAACUUCAACCUUCCUAAAGAACGCCAGACCUACAUGUUUUCUGCCACAAUCUCAAAAGAAGUCCGAUCGAUUGCCUCGACCACCCUUCGCCCAGAUCAUGUUUUCAUUGACACUGUUCCUUCCAAUGAAAAUGACACUCAUUUAAAGAUUAAACAGACUCAUGUGGUGGGUCCACAUUCUCAAACUUUGGCUUUGCUACACGAUGUUAUUACAAAGCAUCGCGAGUCUACCCUAAACAGCAAGAUUCUCGUAUUUUUCAAUACAACCAAAACAACCAAUUUCUCCACUGAUGUGUUCAACAAUCUUGAUGGUAUGGAUGUUCUUCAGAUUCACUCCAAACUUACUCAGCAACAGCGCUCACGAGUUGCUGAUCGUUACCGCCGUGCACAAUCCGCCAUUCUCUUUACCACUGAUGUGUCUGCUCGUGGUGUAGACUAUCCAGGUAUCACAUUGGUCAUUCAAGUUGGUCCCCCACCCUCUCGUGAACAAUACAUUCAUAGAAUUGGUCGCACUGGUCGUGCAGGAAAGUCGGGUGAAUCUACUCUUAUACUUUCUACCUAUGACAAGCACUUCCUUGACCAGCUAUUUGAUUUGCCCAUUCAAAAG